AUGCACUCAUCUCUCAGCUUCUUGGUGUCGGGGCAAGCACAACAGAUCUUCUUCUUCGGUUUUGAAUCAGAAGAAGGUGCCACAGUGGUUGAGCCUUGGUCCUUUUGCGAUUGUAAAGAGACAACAGAAGAAGAGUUCUGUAUUGGCAAUCCAUCCAUUGUCAAGGGUCAGAAAAUAUUUUAUGAAGAGUCUAAGCUUGUCACUCGAGACAAGCUCAGACCUUGGCCCAACAUAAAUUGUAACAUCAUGGGGAUAUCUUUGCUUGGUUAUGGUGAAGUUGUUCUUUGUCUGCAAGUGACCAUCAAUAAAUUUAAGUAUAGGGAUGACAUUAGCUCUAGCGAUAAGUUGGUUGUUGGGAGGAAAGCAGCUAGUACUUCUCCAGAUCAAUCUCCAGUGAUUAGGUGGCCAAAGAUGUUACAGAAAUAG